CAAUAAUAAAUUUUCGCACUGGUGUUAGAUACAAUCAACAUUUACUUAAAUUAGCUGCACGUAGAAUGUUUGCUCCUAUCUGGUCUGCAAGAAGGCACCCCAUUUACCAAGCAAUUGAAAUAGCUAAUGAAGAACAAUUAAUGCGUCUCCACACUAUACUUGAAGAGGUAAAUAAAACAUUAAAAACGCUAAUUCCACCUAUACCAACUCAAAAGCAUUGGGAAAUAGCUGCAAGAAAUUGUACAAAAUUUAUGAAGCAAUUUCGAGUUCAAUUGAGAAAAGCUGGUUUUCUAAAUCUAGAUAAAAAUAAUCGUAGCUUUGAGAGUUUAGAUGGAAAUACUAAAUUGAGUGAGGAAAUAAAAACAUUUAGUCAGAGAGCUCGAACUCGAUGUAUAAAUUAUAUAAAAGGUAAAUUUAACUUAAUUAACCUGUCAGAAUGUACUCGUUAUAUUCCUGUUAUAUUGGAUGAAGAGCAAUUACAAUUAGCCGAAAGUUCAUUGAAAAAAGAAGAAAUAAUAUUCACAAUCAAAACAUUAAUUGGAUCCUUAAAUGAAGCUAAUCGACCACAAUUUAAAGGAUUAAAAUCAAAAUGA